GAUCUGUGGAGGCUGCAUCGGCUGAGCUGCUGGCAGUUUAAACAUAACCGUAGGGCACAAAGUCACCGUGAAAGGAGGCCAGUCGGUAGGAAGCGACAGGAGCAACGAAAACAAGUCGGACAUGAACGGGGAGAUCGUUUGCAGUAGUCAUUCAAUCACUAUCUUAAGCUGCACCAAGUCCAUAUCUCCAGUUCAUGAUGAAAACACGAUCAAGCUGAGGCAGGAGGGAAGGUGCUCGCCAAUAUACUGCCAGCAAACUGAUGCUCAAAGGCAAGGAGAGGGCCGCAGAACCAACACCAUCAGCCUCUCAUCGAAAGACACCCAGUCAGAUUUCCCAGAGAUGGAGAGCAGCUACAACCAGUGUUCACCCUGCUGGUCAGAUGAAAAAACGCCACUGCAGCUCCAUCGCACUCAGACCUGCCUCCGCUCCUCCACAGAUCUCACUCUGCCUCUCAGUAACAGUUUAUCACACCCUCCCCUCCACGCCAACAACAGCAGCCCCAUCCACAGCCACCAGAGGAGAGGGGUAUGCUUUAAGGUUAAAGGAAGAAAACCCACCCUAAGAAUCACGGGGGGGAAAAACUCCCAAAACCGAAAAGUUACUGACUACUUUCCAAUACGAAGAAGCUCAAGAAAAAGUAAAACAGAGUUGAAGUGUGAAGAAAAGAAGCACAUAGACGAACUCAUCACAAAGGGAAUAGAAGAAGGAAUGGAGGUUCAGUAUAUAGAAGGAAAGGGGAGAGGAGUGUUUGCGACAAGAUGUUUCCAGAAAGGCGAGUACGUGGUGGAGUAUCACGGUGAUCUGCUGCAGAUCACUGACGCCAAAAAGAGGGAGGCUGAAUAUGCUCAAAACCCUGCAACAGGCUGCUACAUGUACUACUUCCAGUACCUCUGCAAAACUUACUGUGUGGAUGCCACAAAAGAGACUGAUCGAAUGGGCAGGCUGAUAAAUCACAGUAAAAAUGGAAACUGCCAAACCAAACUCCACGACAUCAACGACGUCCCCCACCUCAUUCUCGUUGCUUCUCGAGAUAUCGACGAGGGCGAGGAGCUUCUGUACGACUACGGAGACCGCAGUAAAGCCUCCAUCGCUGCUCACCCUUGGCUCAAAUAUUGAUCCAGGGCUCCUCUUCAAAAAAAAAGAAGAAAAAGGGAAACGUACAGUAACACUCAUGUUUCUCUUUCGUUAGUGUACAAAAUGCCUUAGAAACAGAAUGUGUACCCUUUUUGUUCUAGUAUCGAGGAGAUGGGGGAGGGGCGGGGGGGUACUUAUCACAUUUUGGUUGAGGUCCCAUGACUUCAGUACUUUUUAUUUAUGUGUAUAUGAAACCUUCUGGUUGUUUUGCAGCACAUUUAUUUUGUACAUUUUGUAUUAGAGCAAUGCUUCUACAGCAUGCAGGUGGUAGUUAACGCUCUGCAUUUUUAUACCGCUUUUUCUUAAUUAGUAGUUAGCAAUACUUGUAUUUAAGGCCCCGGCGUCCUGAUUGGGAGAAGCGUACAAGAUACUAAUAACAAAACCCUUUAAAAAAAAAAAAACUGUUCUAAUGGGGUUUGAUUUCAGACAUCAAUACUCACAUUGUUUUUAGUGGGAGUGUAAACGUUGAGCAGAUUCAUGGCUUAUUUUGCAUAUGUGGGUCUGAAUAACGCACAACAUUCACAUGGCUGUUGAAACUGAAACUUGAUACACAGGAAUACAUCAAAAAUGAAUUUUACUGCAUCUACAUGAUUCUCUUUUAGUUGAGUUUUAUAUCUUUCCAAAAUAUUGUAUUUUUAAUUAAGAAAAAUAAUAACUUGAAUUUCUCAAUCACUGACUGUAUGAUCAUUCCAAAGUUUUCUCAAAUACCUAAAGCAUAUUUUUUACGUUCACUUUAUAUUUUCAAAUUUAGAACAGCAAAAAUUAAUCACUUUUCUUAAAUGAUUAGCAAAUAAUUUAAGAAAUACUUUGGAUAGCUGACUUGAGUGCAGAUCUCUUUCAUUCUUUUAAACAGUCGACUUAAAGGCAUCAGAGGCUGGACAUGUUACAUUAUUUUUUACAAAGACAUAGGGAAGUUAUAAUAAGGUCAAUUCAAUCUACUCAAUGGACACCCUUAAGUAUUCACUUAAAUAUUCAUGAACUCACAAUUCUCUAUCACUGCACUUUGUAAAUAUAUUUAUUUGCUUGCUGUUGUAAUCCCACAUUUCACAUUUUUCGUAUACUCUUUCCCUUACUGGUAGAAUUUUUUUUACUAAUUUCUCUACGUUUAAUUUCAUAUAUAAUCAGAGUGUCUAACCUGACAAAUUGUCUUAAAAUUAUCCCAAUUUAAAUUUCCAUUCCCCAGCCUUGAUAUAUGAACUAAUUGCUGCUUUAUAUCCUCCAUAUUUAUAGGCAUAGAGGUUUAAUCUUCUUUUUUCAACCUACAAAGUGGACACCUCUAAAGCCAAAAUGUAAAACUCUUCUACUUAAGCAUGGGUUUUGUUUAUGUCACAUAUUAUUUUAAUAUUUUCACACAAACAAAACAAGGUGUCUUUGGGUUCAGACCAGGUCCGCUGGAUCAGGUCUAAAAUGGGUCUGGUGAACUUUUACACUCCUGAUGUUCAAACAGGAUAAACAGGUCUUUCUAUACCACGCUGUUGUCGUUUACACUGUUAUCACAUUAUUCACAACUACAUGUUCCGUGUGAAAGUAUUGAACUGCUGAACUGCCAACAGGUCUUCUUUUCUUUUAAAACUUUGUUUAUUAAUACUUUAAUCUUCAAAGAGUGUUUCACAUGAAUUGUAGCCAGAAGGUCAAAUUUACCCCAAUUUAUUUGAUCAACCUUGACUUGGGUUUGAUUUGUCCUGAACCAGAAAAUCACAAAGACACAUUAUUCUUCUUUCCGCCCAUUUGCAUUCAUAUACUGUAUUUUUUAAAUAUAUUUAAUUUCAUAAAUCAUGCUGGCACUCCAUGUACCUAAACUUAGCCGGAAUAAUUACACGACUGUUCGAGUCAACAUGCCACAGAAACAUGCCAGCUCUCCAAUAUUCAUUUUAAAGAUUGCUGGAUGAAACAUUUGACCGGUAAUGGUUGAAUUCAAUCAAUAAUAAAUCAGCUUAGAGCAAAGCCAAGUGAUAUUCCAUUUCUUUUUAUUGUAAACAAAUCUCAUUAGAAGAGAGGAAAAAAAAACAACAAUCAACAUGUUAGACUGUUUCUCAAUACUGUACAACUUCCUGUCUGUGGCCAUGAGCCUGUUGGUUCCUCCUGCAGACAUCCUCAAAAACAAACACUACCUUAUAAAUAGUGUCGUUUUAAGAAGGCUAACGUAUUUUCAAAAAACAGCUGUUCACUGUAGUUUAAUGACAGUAGUUAUUAUUUUACAGGAGAAAAUGAAGUAGCACAAUUUAAAGUCUUACCCAUGUACACAUGCAGUUCAUCAUUUAUCUCCUUUAUUUGUAUCUAGUUGUCUUCCACUAAGUGCUGAUUGAGUUAUUAUCUAAAUUAUCAUGGAUUGUUUUAAAAAUGAGUUUGGUAUUAAAAUUCUGGAGCUCAAUGUUUUUUAACAGACCGGAUGAUUAAAUGAUUGAUAGCGCCCUCCUGUCUGUGGUUAAAAAAUAGAGCCACAACUACAAUAUGUUUAGCUAAGCUUAGCAUGAAGAAAUGGGGAACAGCUAGCCCUGCUUACUACAAGAGCUGAAGACAAAUCAUCUGUAUAUCCAAACCUCCUAAGCUAAGGAGAUGUUGUAUUUUAAUUGUAAAAUCUGAAUGGAUCGUAAAAACACAUUUCCCAGUUCAACUCCUAGGUCAGGACCAGUAAUGAAUUUUUAUAUGGAACUUUUUAAGUAGGUCAAACCAUACACCAUUAUGUAAUAAUACUGAUACUUCAGAUUUUCUUUGUAAAUACUUUGCUCUUUAAUUGCUGAACUACUAAAGUGACAUAGUAAAUGAGGCAGACUUGAGGCUUGUUAAUGAAAUGAAGGAUUUUGUUCUCAGAAAAUGAUCCACAAAAAGCUGUCAAUAUCUAACAUCAAAUACUUCAUUCAAAGCACCUGUGAGGAACUCUGUUUGUGUGGACCUUGGCGCCGCCUGUGGACAAAGUUUGUAGUCCUAUCAAGAACACAUGCAAUACGAUGUGGUCGACUUUAGAUGUUUGCAGCUGGAUCAGGUUGCUUAAACCCAGUUUUGCUUUCUUAAAUCAUAACAGAAGUAUAAUGAAUUUAAUCCUGGAUUAAAAGGGAAAAAAAAGAUGUCAAGUAAACACUUCCAUCCCAAUAAUAGUUCAGUACAUAAACCCCUUCUAAAAUGGGCAAUGUCUUCUAUAAACAGGUUUUAUGAUUAAGAACAUGUUCAUUUGUGAGAGGAUGUUUUUAGGCUCAGUUUGUGUCUUAGGACAGCUAUCUGUUUCUCUCAGCUCAUAACCUCCCACUACAGGCUCAAAUUCAACUGAUAUACUGUACAUGCUAUUGGUAUCAGUCUUUUUCUUUGAACUCCGAGCAACAAAGCAAAUAACUAUCUCUAACUACCUUUUUUUUUUUAAGUCCUUGAAAUUAUAUUGAAUUCUUUUUUCUUUCACAAGUGUUCAGACUUCAUGAAAUGCCCCCCAGUCGAAGUCUUAAGGUUUUCAAAGUAUAUUCAGUACGUCUUUGACUUCAAAGACUUUUUGAAAAUGACCUUGAAACAAGUAUCAUCAGUGUUAAUAAAAAAAGAGACCAGAGACUUUUCAACAUUCCCCUGCCACCUCUUACUGUAGCAUUGUUGAAUUGAAACGUUUUUAUUGAGCAGAGGAUCAUUUCAUUCUUUAUGUAGAACAAAUGCAAUAAUACCAGACCUGUUGGCCAUUUUAGGAAAAAUAUCUCUUUGCUGUUGUAGCGUUGAAUAAAUCUUAAUGCUGGGGUUUGGUCUUUGAUGAAUAAAGAUGUAAUAUGCAAGGAAGACAAGUGGGCCUCUCAUUCGUUCUUGAAUAAGUACCGGUAAUACCAGGUUGUAGUUUUUUAAGUUUUAUUUUUUGGUGACUUUUGAUAGGACAGCCAAAGAGAGACAUGAAGCGCCUGGAGAAGAGAGUGGGUCAUGACAUUCAGCAAAGGGCAGAGGUCAGAUUUGAACCCACAGCCGUGUGAUGAGGACUAUAGCCUCUCCUGAUGGUCUCACACAUAUCAUCCUCUGCCAUCAGGGUGUGAAUUGGUAGGUGUGACAUGCAGUGUAAAAGCACUUUGAGUAGUCAGAAGACUAGAAGAGCUCUAUAAAAGCACAAGUCCAUUUAACAUUUACCAUUCCAUUUACAUGUGGCGAGCUCUAUAGCAGCUAGGCUAUUGGUGCCCUGCAAUACAAUGUGUUGAAUAUGCACAAUUAGUUUUAAUCUUAAAUCAAGAUUUUCAAGUAUUAUACAUUUUUACAUUUUCUGAUGUUAAGUGAAAGAUGUCUAUAACUAAAUGUCGUGUACUGUUUCUAAGAUAAAGAGAUUGUACCUAUGUCUCUUUAAGCUCGUACAUGUCUUCAAGAUGAAUUUAGAAGACUUGAAUAACUUGUUAAAGCAGUGGAAUUGAAAUUGUUACAUUUGUAGCGUGAAUUAAAGAGGUCAAUUCACCUUUAUUUUACAAAAUUCACACUCAAGAUUAAAAGAUUUGAAAAAAUAAAAUAAAAAAGAGCCACUACAGAGAUUGCCUAUAAGGGCCAAAAAAAACUUACCAGUAGAAUAAGCUAAGAUUUUGGAAAAAAAAAAAAAAGAUAAAUUUACAGGUUUAAAUUGGAUAUUUUUUGGGUAAACGUGUUAAAUUAUAAGAAAGCUGAAAUUAACAAAGAAAGAAAAAAGACAGUUAAAAUAGUAUAUAAUAAACACUUCUUUUGGUCAGUCAUGAUUUUCUAAAAACUUGAUGAGUGAAGAUUGGAAACAGUUUAGAAAUCAUUAAAAAAAGACAAACACCUGAAACAUUUCAGAAUGGUUUUAUUAGGGAGGGGGACAGCCAGCUUGUUAAGCAAAGCGCUCAUUUCUUUAUCUUUUAUGUAUGCAUUUGAACAGGGAAACACACAGGAGUGGGUCAUGAACACCGACUUAAAGAAUGAGCUAAAGAAUGAGCUAAAAAAUGGGAGUCAGCAUUCAGACAGGUUGCUCAUUUUGAGAAAUAAAAUCCCUUUUGAUCUUUCAUGGUGUAAAUGAUCCUUGUCCAGGUCCCUUUGAGCUUCCGCUGUACAGUAGUAUAAUAAGAAAUGGUUCUGAAAUAAAUAUAUUUCUUAAGUCAGUAAAUACAAUAAACAAAGGGAGCUGCUUUAAAACACACUGAUUAUAGUGUUUUCUUCAUUUGACAUUCAUGAUUCCAGCUUGUUAGUUGAGAUUUGACAAGGAUUAAGUGCCGGUAUUAUUCAAAUACACUUCGUCACACCAGAAAGUAAAGUAUUAGUGUCUGCGUAGUUUGAAGUCAAGGUGGAGAAGCAGAAGCUACAGAAGCAGAGAAUAUCUGUGCUCGCAAAUUGUUUCUUUUAAUGCCGUAUUGUCCGAAUCACUGAUCAUUUUCUUUUCUUUUCUUCAUGGUUUAAUUUAUCUCAAAAUCUCAUGAACUAAAAAGACAAUUAGAGUUUUUUAAACUGAUUAUUACAAUGAAUGCACCUAUUUUCUGAGGAUAAAACAAGACAUUAUGCAAGAAAACUUUUGUUCCUCCAGUUAAUCAUUCAGACAUUAAAACUACUUGUUUUCUGAAGAUAACACAAUUUAAAAUGUAAGUAAACAAAUAUUGUUUCGAUUAUUCGAUUAUGAUAACACAUUUUUUCACCCUGCGGAUACAAAGUUACAUUAUUGCGAGCGUACAGUUUACAUUUCUCAGUUAUGCAAAUGUACCACCAGAGAACGUGUUUAUCUCAACAUACUGGGACGACCAAUCACAAAGAAACAACUUAUGUCUUAAAACAGAAGUCUACUGUUGUUAUCUCGGUAUACUGAUAUCAAGAUUUUGUUUGUCUGGUAUUUAGAGUUUGAUAAUCACCUCAAAAUAAAAGUAACGUUUUUUUUUGGAAUUAAAAAAUAACAGACUUGAUUUUAAAAUAAUGCCAUUUCAAUUAAAAUAAUCUGGAGAUCUGUUUGUAUCCAGGCUAUUACUUUUCUGACUCAAACAUAAUUUGAGGAAUAUUGCAGUUUUACUUCCAAUGUAACCCCGUGAUUUUGAAUUGCGGCAAAUAAUCCACGCGUGUGUUUCUUGUCUUGGCAGUAAUGGGCGUCCAUACUUAAACAGGGCAUACAUUAUAAAUAAAGCAUUUGAGUGUUUCUGUUUUGUCUAUUUCUAUACACAACUUUAAAAAGGUGUUUUUAAGCAUCACUUUAUACGGCUGAGCUCUUUAGAUAUGUUAAACUGCAAAGUUAUGCUGGUGAUGGACCUACAAGCUGCCUAUAUCACAUUUCAAACAGACCAACGUACUGCAAAGUGGAAUCUAAAGAGCAAUUGUUGGUGUUGUUGUUGAAUGGUUUUCUUUGCAGACUGGCCUUGUAAUUUGAACAGGGAUUGUGAUAUAAGAUUAGUUCAAUACACCCCAUACAUCUAGAGCAA